GGCAGGCUGGAGUCUGAGGAACAGAGUGCAGGGCUGUCACCCAGGCAAGGACCUUCCCUCAAACACACACACACACACUCUCACUCACAUUGACUCACACACCGACCAGGCAAGCAGGCAGGCAGGCAGCUCCAUCUCGCUGCAGACUCUACCUCUCAUUCUCUCCCCCUCUCUCUCUCUCUCUCUCUCUCUCUCUCUCUCUCUCUCUGUGUCGCAGCGUAAGAACAACUUCAGGAAAAGAGAGGCAGGCAGGUUUGCAAGGUGCAAAGAGGACAGGAAAGGAUUUGAUCUGAAAGAGUUUGAAGUGUGGAGUAAAGAAGGAGCAGAAGAAGAAGACGAAGGAGGAGGAUAAAUAAAGGAUCAAUGAAAAAAGGAAUUUAAAAUGGAAUUACAAUACACUUCAAUUGAUUUUCAAGACAAAAUUUGAAUUUCCAGAGCUUCUUUUUUUAUUUUAGUCUUUCCAAACGCCUCCUAUAUUAUCAUUUAUUAGUAUUUAUUACAUACAAACACACAUAUUUAAUUUGGGGAUAGAGAUAAGGAAGGAAGCAAUUUGCAAGGGAGCAAUUUUUAUUUUCUGGAGCUUCUUUCCAAUGGCUUUCUAGGGUGAUGGGUGCUCAGUUCUCAUUUGUAAGUAUUGUGGGAAACCGUCUCCAGUCCGUUCCCCUCAUUUCCAGCUGUCCCAGUUUCAGUCCCAGUAUGUCCUGCUUGCAUGUGGGCGCUGUCUCUGCAGUUUGACCAUGUGGAAAUGGAUGCCACCCACCGCCGGACCUCUUCCUGCUGCUGCUUCUGCCUCUACUUCCCCUGCCAGCCCCCGUGCCUCUUCCCUGUGCCUGGCUUGCUGCGCCCUUCUCCUGGCCACCGGCUCUGCCCUUGGGGGGUGCCCUGGUGUAGCUGUUCCCAGCCCUGAGCCCACGAGGGUGCAGGAGGGAGCCAACUGCUCCUGGAGCCUGGACCGGCACACUCGCAGCUACAACCACUUGGAGGGGGAUGUGAGGUGGCGCCGGCUCUACUCCGCCACCAAGUUCUUCCUGCGCAUGGACAAGACUGGCAAAGUGGAUGGCACUCGCAGGAAAAACUGCGUCAACAGUGUGAUGGAAAUCCGAUCGGUGAGCGUGGGAGUGGUCGCCAUCAAAUCUGUCAACACCGGGCUGUACUUAGCCAUGAGCAAGAAAGGAAAGCUCUUUGGAUCGGAAGAGUACAAUCACAAUUGCAAGUUCAAGGAGCGAAUCGAGGAAAACGGCUACAAUACGUACGCAUCGCUGCGUUGGAAGCAAAAGGGACGGCAGAUGUUUGUCUCCUUGAACGGCAGGGGGACCCCGCGGCGAGGACACAAAACAAGAAGGAAACACCUCUCUGCACACUUCCUGCCCAUGCUGGUCUCCUAGCAACCAUUAUUAU